GGGUUCUGCAAAAAAUCUACCCGUGAGAAUUUUUUUCAGCAGAGAAAAGAGGCAAUAGUGGCUAUUGGAUGCUUGAUUUCUCCAUAUAAUGGUAUAUUGGUAAUAUUGUGUGACUGACGGUAACGGUCUUCUUCUACGUUGUACACCAAAGCGGAUAUGGCAACGAACACCGCCGCUACCAGAGAAUCUAGGAGGAGGAAGAUCCUCGAGAGAGGCGCCGAUCGAUUAGCUCUUAUCACUGAUCGGACCCAAACCCUUCCAUCAGAAUCCGACGAUAAGCCACAUCCCGACUCAUCUCAGCAAUUCAAUUCCCAUCAGGACUCGCCACCUGAUCUCUCCGAUCGAAUCACCGGUAAACCUUCUCGUAGUGGUGACAAUGCGGGAUUUGUUCCUAUGUCACCAAAUAAUGAUUCCACUAUUGAUGCUGGCCACAUUGGAAGCCAUAUAGAACCUCCCUUGAGCACACAUGCUGCGAUUACUGAAACCUCAGUAGCUCCUGCUUAUGGAGGCAGCAAUGGACAAUCAUCUAUAGUCUCAUCAACAGAUCAGAAGUCAACUUUGCCUACAUCAAGCACAGUGCAACACCUAACAGGCCCAAAUAGUUUUGUGACUCCGAGACAAAUAAGCUCUGCCAUUUCUGCAUCUGAGAGCUCCCGCCUUUUUUCUUCUGUAGCUAUAGCCCUUUUUGUUGUCUUAUCGAAUUUGGGAUUCCCACUGCUAGGCAGCAACAUAAUAAGGAGCAUCAUAAGUUAUAGGCCUCUUUAUCUUGUUUUGCUGACAAGUCUGACACUUGUGCUUGCACGGCUUUUAUUCAAUAAUCAGAGAGGUUUUGAAAGGGCUGUUGGAGGAGAACAUAAUAUGCCUUCAACAAGCAAAUACGACUGGGCCGAGCAAGCAGGCAAGGCUUUGGAAGUAGGUUUGGUGAUGCAGAAGGCAAUUGAGGCAGUAUUCAUGGAUUGCAGUGUAUACGUACUAAUUGUAAUUGCUGGCUUUACUUUUGUAAAGUGACUCAACUUCAACUACUUGAUUUUGUAAUUGCAACAUGUACUAAUUUAUAUCGAUGUUGGAUGGGAUCCGGGUGAACCUAUUAAUUCUGCCUUGAACAGCACAUGUUAAUGUCUUUUUCGUUGCUAGAUAAAUUUAUGAUUGUUUCUAGUA